CGCAAAGAGGCUUAAUCCAAUCACCUGAAAUGGCUGUUGGUUCAUGGACCAGUCUGGGCUUAUGCCACCAAAGAAUGUAGACGACAAGCGCACAGAAGACAUGUGCGAUUGUGUUGACUUCCAAUAACGUUACUGGCAAACCAAGAAUAGCUCGAGCAAUGACCUGUACAACCAUCCAACCAGCUUGGAGACAGACGAGAGUUUUGGCAAGUCCAUCUGCUUUGCUCUUAUCAACGAUUUCGUCUUCGGGUAUAUCGGGUAGAUGGCCACACCCAGCGAGGAAGGCAAUUCCACGGGCUGAUAAAGUAAGAUACUGGUCGCCAGGAAUAUAUUGCUGUCCUUCGUCCUUGCAAAGGUCGCCUGGCUGAAUGAUAAAUCCCCCCAUACCGGCAUAAAAGCUGUGGACCGUAGUCCAUGGAUGUCUUCUCUCGGUGGAGCUCUUCGUCUAGGUUUGACGUCAGUUAGUUGACGGUCAUACGCCUUCGACAAAUGUCAGUAUUGGGUAGCAAACCUUCUCUUUCGUCUCACUUAUGUGGUGGUUCAUCCGCUUAUGAAGUUCUUUCGCAAAAUUGUACUGUCUCCAAGCCGCGAAUACCACCAAUUCUGGAGCAAAGAUACCAAUCAAUCCCCACUUGAGAUGCCGGAACCAUGACUUCGUUAGGGAUUCAUUGUGAGGAGAAAUAUUCAGGUGCAUCGCAGACCAAACACAGAGGCCUAGGGUCAGGAGACAGGAAACAACAAGAGAAAACGUCCCUCGUCCGUCUGGGCCUGACACCCAACCAACAGUUGCUGCAACGGAGCCAUUCAGUAUCGAGAUAGCCGCUGUCAUCUUGAGAAAGUCUCGAAUGAUCAAAUGCCGUUGAAUUGUUUAAAGACGUGGAAUCAAACCAGAAUAUUACAUCUCGAAGAGAAGGGCGGAGAACAACAGGACGAUUGAUGAUUUGCCCAAACCAUGUCUUAUUCCUAAAUCUAACAGAACGCAAUAUGGCCCAUGCUUGAUCCUUUGGUGCAAGGAAUAAGAAUGCCGGAAAUAUCACUUGGGAUGAAAUCCAGCGCAGAAUUUCUCACAAUGGCAUAAUAGGCUUCAUCACUAACAGGAAACCCUGCCACAGCACCUUUGGAAGAGAAGUAAAAGAUGCAGUAUCGAAUCAUCUUUCGACGACAAAUGCCAACAACAGGCAGGCCUGCUCUGCAAACAAACGUGUGUCUCGGGGGGUUGAAGGUCAAACAAAGGAUGCCUGCCGCAGGUCUUCCUUUGACGCAGCCUCCCGGGGCAACUACCCGCACACAUCAACAAAAUGUUCUAAAACAGCUGGCUAGAACCCUCUAGAUAUUGCUGUUUUGCUUCUUUCAUGUUUCAAAAGGCUCUCGUUCCCCUCUUGCUCACAAGUGUUCACAUCAUCGUUUCCGGUUGUCAUCAACAUAGCAAUACCUGCUCGAAUCUUUUUUACGGCCAGUGGACGAGGUUCACGCAGCUCUGGGGAGAUGUCAUACUCGCGUAACCGCAUCUCGCAAAGAUCUGAAGCAAGUUUGCCCCCAGCUGAGCACGAAAGCUGUUUGUGCUAACAACUGGGCUCAUAGGUCGUGACAGAUAACAUGAAUGCAACGAUCAACAACGCGUCAACACAGCAAGCUCAAAACGGUCCCUGUGGACUCCUUUUUUAUGAUGAAUUGCCUUCUUGGCAGCAGGACAAUGAAUUCUUUUUGUCAGGCCACCGGCCUGCGACAGGCUCAUUCCGAAAAUCGCUCCAGGGCCUGACGCACAUCCAUAACGAAACUGUGAACAUUUAUUCCCAUUUGUUCGGCUCUGUUCUGUUCCUGAUACUCCCGGUUAUCCUAUACACGAAUGUUUUCCCCCGUUACAGCAGCGCCACAAGAGGGGACAUCGUAGUCUACUCCACGUUCUUCUUUGGGGUAGCUAUUUGCUUCUUCCUAUCGGCCUCGUUCCACAUCUUCGGAAACCAUAGUGCAAUGGUGCAUCGGCAAGGAAACCAGCUUGAUUAUGUGGGGAUCGUGAUUUUGAUGUGGGGAUCAACCAUACCGUCCGUUUACUAUGGAUUCUAUUGCGACGCAAAGCUCCAAAAGCUAUAUUGGGUAGUGGUUACAAUCCUCGCUGCUGUGUGCGUAUAUGUUACUCUCCACCCAAUAUUUCGAGAACGUCACCUGCGGCCGUGGCGAGCAGCGAUGUAUGCAGGUUUGGGCCUUUCGGCUAUCGUAUUCAUCGUGCACGGCUUGGUCAUCCACGGUUGGGAGAUUCAAAAGCACAGGAUGAGCCUCAAAUGGAUGGCCGUGAUGGGAUCCCUCAACAUCGCUGGGGCAGUAGCUUAUGCUUCUCGUGUGCCUGAAAGGUGGUAUCCGCUCCGGCAUGACAUAUAUGGGAGCAGCCACCAGAUCCUACAUUUCCUGGUGAUCUUCGCCGGCUUGGUUCAUAUGUUCGGACUUCUCCGAGCCUUUGACUAUCUCCAUGCGGCUGGCAGCCCAUGUGCUUCGGUGUAGCAUAGUUAAUUCAGCAAGGUGUUUGACUUCCUACAUAUUCGGAAUUGUUCACCAAUUUUUUGGUAACCCUUGGUUGCUUACCGAUAUGGAUUCAACUAUGAACAAAUGAGUCAAUUGUUCAUCAGUGGUGAAGUAUAGAUGGGCUUUGGGAAAAUACUGGGAACUAGAACCGCAGGAUAAUCGAGACUCCAGGGAAGUGGAUAGAAGCACCCAGAAUAAUGCACUCUAUCAGAAUCAAAACGACGCUUGGAAGCAAAAACAGAGUGGUAUUGUAUUGCUGGACAGCUGAAAGUUCCAACAAAACAUGUUUAGAAUGCAAUCUAAACUUCUAAACAAUUACUUGCCUCUGAACAAGUGUCGGGGAUCCAGGGCUCGUACCAAGGGUGCUGUCAGUUCCAACACUCACCCCUCGUCCCAGCGGACUGCCCUUCGCCGUGCCUAGCUCCGCAUGUACUCGAUCCAAUGGCCUUGUCGUCUUCCGUUGCGGUCGAUAUGGCGAGACUGGCGAAGAAGGACGCACAUCUGGCGAUCCCCUCCGUGAUCCCGAACCCUCUCUACUCCUAAGCAACCAUGGCUCGGGCGUACCCUGAGGCGGCAUACUUUGACUUUGUUCUCUAGACCACCGCGGACUACCAGGCGGGUGCCCUUCAUUUUGGUCGUAUUCCUGGUAUGGAGUUCCACCUCGUGAAUAAGCAUACCCAUCUUGGCCUUGAUGCUGAUACUGAUAUUCCUCACCUCUUCGCUUCACCGGACUCUCAUCGUAGGGAUCGAAGCCGACCUUCUGUCUGGCCUCGCGACGGGUUCGACGGCGUUCCUCGCCGUCGCCUCCAGCUCCGGUGGUGGAUGACUCUUCCAGGAAGAAGGUGAGGAGCUCGUCGGGUAUGGAGAGGUGAGAAGAUUGUUGGAAUUGUUGGAGCGCGGUGAGCCGGAUGAGCAUUUCGAGCAGGGAGAGAGAGGAGCGGAUUGGACCGAGAGGUGAGGGCUUUGGCGCGGAGGAUUUCGAGAAUGAGGAUGAAUUGGUGACUUGUUGAGCAGACGGGGCUGGAGAGGGCUUUGGGUUGAUAGUAAGGUGGGCGAGAUCAUCUGCUAAGACCUCUUCGGUUUGCUCUUCACCAGAGGAGCUUGGUCUGUGGGACAUAUAUGCUGAGUCGUCGUUCACGUCUAGCCCAUCUUCUGAGUCGGAAUCCUCAGAUUCGGUAUAGACUUCGAGAGCCAUCCAUUCUGGAUCUAGAUCCGCUGGAAGACGCCAUGCACGGUUGUCCACAAUUUCCUGCUCGUGGGCGAUCUCUUGAGUUCUGGGAACGGUACUUUCUCUUCGAAGCUGCUGGUCAAUGUCGUCUUGGGAAUCACCCUCUUCUGUUCCUGAAGUCUCAGACACAGCUUCGUCCAAUGCCUCGGGCUCCUCUGUGGGCUCAUCAUACCAUUCAUUGCCUUUUUCACCCUCUUCCAUCAUUCUUCUGGGAGGCUGUGCAUUGAUGUCUCUCUUGAGUAAGAGGACGGGAUUGUUUAUCUCGCCUUGAUUGCCAAUAUUGAGAAUUUUCCCCGUAUCUGCAUAGAAGAUCUUGGAGAUCUGGUAUAUUGGUAGAAAGUCCCGGAUACCAGCAAGUUGAACAUCUCCAUACGGUCCAGGUUGUGGUACAUCGUCCUCGAAUGUGUGUACCCUGUCGUCUUCCAAAUCCUCAAUCAUUUCAAUGUGAUACGCAUACUCGUUCUGCCGACCGUCUCCAGACAUCAUUGGAUUCUUGUUGCUGCCAUUCUCAAUAGAUUCAAGAACUGGAAUUUCUUCUCCGUGCAUAUGUUGAAGAGGUAUACGCAUAAGCUUGACUCUAGCUUUGUGUAUAACUUCCUUCCAGGUUGUAUCUCUCAUGCUCUCUGAAUCAUGCACUCUGUAAGAAUGUCCAGCAAAGAGCAUGUAAAGUGAGAGCGUAAAAGCGGGACCAACUUGAACUGAAGUAGAUGGGUUCAUAGAGUACUGGGUAUCCCCGGCAGUGAGAAAUGUGCUGGCCUGCAGUAAUCUGGAUGGGGAUACAGAAGCUGGCAAAGUGGUUGAAAGACUGGCACCUGAAGUGGUGAUGGCCAGAUUGAUAAGAGGAACUGCAUCUUCGAUACGGACAAGGAGAUGCUUGAUAUCCUGAACUAUGAGAUGGAUUUCGACCUCAUGAGCUGCUUUAGUAUUUGCCUUUUUCCUCCGAGAAGACUCUUCAGCAGUGGCGGCCUUGGCAAGUCGCACACCAAGAGCUUGAAUAUCCCAUCGAAGGCCUUUAGUGAGCGUGACCGCAGAUUCUAAGGUUGUGUUUCCCCUGGCCGAG